ACUAUUAAUUUGGCAACAUAAUUAGAAUACCCAUUGCUAUAAUUAUCAAGCCUCAUGGAUUCCGCUUCCACAAGACCUAAUUAGGCGCUCUAUGCAAUAUUGAUAACAUAUAAGGGAUAUCCAUGCGAUUCAUUCAAUGAUAUUUUUGUGAUUCCUUGGCAGGCCCAAUACGAACAAAGAAAAGGCAUUGGGUUGUAUCAUUUGGUCAAAGUGGGCAGACUUACUUUUACAAGGAGGUGCCCUUCACGAACCUACAUACUGGGUAGGUGGUUACAUAAGUGUGCGACAAUGCAGAACACAUACGGAAUAACUUCAAUCCAAAUUGCCUCGGUAUGUAUAAUAGGAUAAUCACAAAUCUGAAGUGUAUUCUUCAUCAUUUAUACGUUCCUCGCCCGAUUUGAAAUGUAUCUGAGUAACGGCUUUGGGAUAUGGGCCUAUAGAGCGGCAGCGCCUUUGAUCCGGCGUCUUCCGGUGUGGGGCCGCAUACGACAUAGUACGGCGGAAAGAAGUGACGUUAGUAUUAAUAACUAAGUAUAUGUAUGGGGGAAAGAACAAGAUAUAAAGAAACGACCUCAAAACUUAAUCGGAAGUUUGAUCUUCCAAUUCGGUAUCGGAAAGUUCAAUCUCGCAUCGAAUAACCCAACAGACGCACAAUGUCAUCAGCUAAUUUCUCGUUAGCCUCCAAGGUAAAGCUGCCGAGCGGCAAGCUCAUGCCCCAGAUCCAACUCGGUCUGUAUCUAAUGAGCCGUCGAGAAGCGUCUACGGCUGUGCGGUGGGCGCUUGCUGCAGGCUACCGCGGCUUUGAUAGCGCGCAGAUGUACCGCAAUGAGAAGGAGGCCGGGCACGCUAUCCGGAAUUUCUUAGCCAAUCCCGAGGAAAAUACGGAGGGACUCACUCGCCAAGAUAUCUUUUUUACUUCAAAGUUAGCUAGCAGUAGCACCUCAUACCAAGCCGUGCGUAGAUCGAUACGACAAUCAGUUGAUGCUUGCGGGCUUGGAUAUAUCGACCUAUUCCUCCUGCAUAGCCCUUACGGCGGCCGCGAGGCACGACUGACGAGUUGGAGGGCAGUUGAGGAUGCUAUCGACGAUGGAGAGGUCAAAUCGGGAGGAAUUAGUAAUUAUGGUGUCGCUCAUAUCGAAGAGCUCAUGGUCUCAGAACCGAGAAUUCCUCCGUCCGUGAACCAAAUUGAAGUUCACCCCUUCAACACACGGACAGACAUUAGAGCUGCUUGCGCAAAGUAUGGAAUUGUUGUUGAGGCCUAUGCGCCACUGGCGCGAGCUAUGCGGAUGAAGCAUCCGACUAUCAUAAAACUAUCCAAAAAGUACUCGUGCACACCCGCGCAGCUAAUGGUUCGAUGGUCUCUACAACAUGGACUCGUCCCAUUACCGAAGAGCGCGAAGCGUGAGCGUCUACUUGAAAAUGUACAAGUAGGCGGGUUUCAAAUUUCCAAUGAAGAUAUGGAGGAAAUGGAUGAUCUUGAUGAAUAUCUAGUCACUGAUUGGGAUCCCACCGAUGCACCGUGAUCGGAACAGAGCAAUAGCAUAUUUCAUCAUUUAUUUAUCAGCGAUUUACUACGUUUAGCAUAUAUUAGAUUUCAAUAGAAUUAAUUUAUAGUGUGCCCAUGUUUACAUGCUAGGAUUUGUUAUUUUUUAUCUAAUUUAGAGGAAAAUAUUAAGCAGCAAGCUAUUGACAACGCAGAACUUACGCAGAGGUAGCACAAAGG